UCACUUUGUGCGUGAUCUGGUCCUGAAAGGACAGCUCUGCGUCCACUGGAUUGCUUCGAGCGAGAAUACUGCUGACAUCUUCACCAAGGGCCUCGACGAGGCGCAGCACGCUCAUCUGAGGAUGAAGCUCCUCAACAAUCCUGUGUUCGACGACGAAGGGACACCGAUGGUGCCCGACGAUCCGCACGACAAGGUGCUGAUGGUGCCUGAUCGGUCACACAGCGCAAACACAGACUCACACGCCGCUGAAUGCGCCCUGUGCUGCUUUCUGCGUUUUGGUUCCGUCUGCUGAAUGCGGAUACCUGUUUGAGAGGGGGAGGUCGCUGUAAUGCGAUGCAGAAGGACAGCACAGUGCGAGAGGGGGUGUCAGAGGCUGCGUGUGUUGGGGUAGAUCCCCCCGUGUAAUGCCACUGCAUGCUGAGAACCCUGAGCACUCCGAACUGUCCCUCCUUCUCGUGAACCGUCCCUCUGGCUCAUCUGUUGCCUUAACGGGCAACGACAGCGAUCCUCCACAGCCACUCUCAUCUACCGACAACCUGUUUUGCAAAAUGGCGCAUGUGUUGCCUCUGCAGGUGUGGCAGCGUCGAGUGCUGUCCAAUCUGGGCGUCCGUGAUGCCAUCCGAGUCAGAUCUUCGUCACGCGCCAGCGGCACCUCGGCUGUCAACUGCACCCUCAUUCUCGGCCGCAUCGACACAUUGCUGAUUCGCUAUGGGCUCAGUGGGCUGAUUGACGUCGACAGACAUGGCGGGACGGCUGGGGCGGCUCCGCUGCCCGGCGGCCUCUCGCGCAUCGACUACCUGUGCCGCGUGCUGUAUCUGCUGGAGCGUGGUGGCCGUCUGUGGGCCUGGCUGGGCGGCUUCCUCCGCUUGGCGGCCAUCUAUCGGCUGACGCCCGCUACGCCUCUGGUGAUAUCGGCUGAGUGGGUGCAGCAGCACUGGCCCACCAGGGCCGCCUUGCGCCAGCUGCCGCUCGCACUGGCCAUCUACAAAGCCAUCGGCCAUCUGCUCAGCCACAGAGGCGACAGCCUGGCCCUGACCACAGACGAACAGACGAACGAGAAUGACGAGGUCAGUCACAUCAGAGGGGACAUUCAUGACUGACGUCUGCUGUCGUCAUACCGUUGCCAUGCGUUUCUGUCUGCAGGAUGGUGGGCCUGACGGGAGUGACGAGCAAGAGGAGGAUCUGGCCGAGCCGGUGGACAAUGCUGGCGCUGAGGAGGUCGGUGGCGGCCACAUCAAGACAUGUGUGUGUUCACUGCACCCACACAUGUGCCCCUUACUCAGGACGACGGGCAAGAGGGGCCCAUGGCGUCUGACGAUGGCCAGGUCAGCAACAGACAUACUGAUGUGGUGUGGUGCUUUGAUGGACGGCUCGUGUGUGUGGUGCAUGGUGUGGCGGUUUGCAGGACACCCUGAUUGGCGAUGGCGACGGCGAGGCGGCCGGUGGGGGGCAGUCGAUGGAACCUGACGGCGACGUAGGCAUUGACUGCACUGCCCAAUAGGGAGGGGCACACGGGUACGGUGUCCGCUGAUUGCGUGUUUGUGUGUGCGAGCAGGACCAUAGUGACGAGAGUGACGACCACCACAUCUAUCCCCACAAGGUCGGCACUGUGCGGUUCCGCAUUCUGCCGGCCGACGAGGCCCCGGGCAACCAGCCCUACGACACAGACGACCCGGCCAUCGAGGAGGACGGCUGUCGGAUCCGCUACUCGUCAUUCUCGGCCUUCAUGACGGACAACCUCAUGUGCUACUGGUCCGUGAACAUCGGAGCGGGCGACAAGAUCGUUCUGAAGGCGUCAGUCCCACACGCUGAUGCCCGCUUUCGGUCCCUCAUGGCCACAGAGGCCGUGGGCGACUGCAUCGUGGAGGACAUGCAUGUUGAGGAUGGACAUGGGGGACGCACCGUGGUGCUGUGUGGCCACCGGUCGAAUGAGACCGUCGCUGCGCACCUGCGGCUUACGCGUUUUGGAUACAUACGUAUCCACACGACGGAGGGGCGUGUGGGUGGCGGUGUGUCUGUGGAUGAGUGCUAUCCCAUUACCGUCCGCCAUGCCCGUGAUGUGCUCAGACAAGUGAGACUAGAGAGGGAUGUGGUAGACCAGGGCAUGCGCAUGGAUGGCCAGUAG